AAUUAACUAAAUUGAUCUACGCGUUGUUUCUGCUUAUUGUGAUAUAGAUUUCUGAGUUGUGAUUCUUUUCAUUGAGUAUUUGUGUGUGACUUUUGAGCGACAAUAAAUUAUCAACUGUUGAUCAUGUGAUUUUUCAAUUAACUUUGAUUUAAUCGCUUUUUCAAUCACCUCGUUGGGAAAUUUUAUAGUUAAAAUAACAAAGAAGCUCAACAAAUGAAAACAACAACAGAAGAUGAUGAUGCCGAUGAUCAGGAUGUUUCAAAACGUGUUAGCAGUUGGGUUAGUGACUUUGUCAAUGAGAUGCGUAAGAAGUCACCAGCAACAAUACAAAAAUGGGUUGAUUCAAUAGCUGUUGAUGAAAGUGACAACUCAAGUAAUGUAAAAGCGUUUGAAACAAUCGAAGAAGAAACUUGUGAUAGCAGCAGUAGCGAACUUAAAACUAACCAACCAUCAACAAGCGGCACAACUGAAAACAUUAAAGAGAGGCUCAAUGAUUUAUGCAAUAAAUUGAAUGUAAAUGAGAAGUUAAAGAGUAAAAAGAUUGGUCUUAAGAAUCUUAUAGCAAAAACCACACAAAAAUUAGUAAAUGAAUCUUCAAGUGAUCCACCGAUGGAGCAGAAAAAUGACGAAAACUUAACCAAUGAAGCGGUAGCAAACAUAAAAGAUGACAAUGAAGAAGAUUCUUCGAAAAAUGAAGAAAUUGUUUCAAAUGUAGAUAAUUUGUCAGCGCCGCGAACUCGAAUUGGUGUUCUUGGAAGAAGUUCCAGUGAGAAUCCCAGCCCAUUGUCAUCACGUAAUCGACGUUUAGUUGAAAUAGGACGAAGUUUUAGUGUAGCAAAUGAGAAUGAAUUGCCACCAGCACAAGCAUCAUCGGAAAAUUUAAUUUAUGAUGCCGAUGAAGACAUUUCAAUUACAAUUCCAUCGCUUAACACGAGCCCGAGUAUUAUUAGUAAUAACACAACAAAUAGUUUGAGUAAUAGUCAAAUAGCUCCUGUGCGAGCUAAUCUGCUUCAAGCAAGGCCAAUGCGAGAGCACACCGUAUCUGAAGGUCAUCAAAGCCCUCAAGUUCAGCACAAAAAUCCACUCCUUAGAGAUUCAUCGUUUCAGUCUGAUUCGAGUCAUUGCUCAAGUGUCGAGUCGUUACUUGAAGCUCGAAGACCUGAUGCGGAAGCAAUUUUAGUAAAUUUAGGAUUCGGACCAGUACAUGGCAAUGAUGACGUUUUGUCAAAGAUUCCAAAAAGAUUUCUUAAACCAUCUCAAGUUCGGGGUGUUGACACGGACACAUUUCUACGUAAUCAACAUUUGUCGAAUCAUAUUCAUGAACAUUCAGUUCUGGGAUAUCGAGGAUUAUUAGAUUACAAUAAUUUGGAAAUAUUACGGAGGUUUCAUCCUCAUGUGGCGUCUUCUAGAUCAUCAUGUUCUCUUAGUGACUCACAUGUUCCCUCGAACAUUGUUAAAGCAAUAAUUGAAAGAUUCUCAGCAAAUGAGAUUCGACGAAUGUCAUCGAUGGAAAGCAUUGAUUGCAGUAGUCCAAGAACUUUUAAAGGAAUCGCAAAUCACAUUUUAGCGCAUCGACAAUUUAUGAAGUGAACAAUUUGACUUGACCGUCCUAUGUGAAUCAUCACAAAGUCUUGUCAAAGUUUCAAUUCAGAAUUUAUAAUUAGAAAUUAAAUUUCGCACUGACAGAAUUUCAUAUCAAGAAAAUCCUUCUCCACUUUCCUUGUGAUAAGUUUUUAAGGAAAAAAAGUACACCAGAACCAAGUUCUUUUGACUAAUCUUUUUGAAAACUAUUAAAUAUUUUUAGCUUAGUCCUCGAUGAGGAAUGACAAGAAUUUCUCUUAAAAACUUUAUAAAAGUAACAUUUCUUAGCUCAGUGGCCCUCAAACUUCGUGUCGCAAGCAAUAUGAAAAUAUUUUUCAUCAUUUGCAAUACUUAUUAAUAAUAGGCCAAAACUUGUAGUCUUUCCACAUUACCUAUAUCAGUCGCUCAAUUUACCGCGACACGAAAAAGUUU